GCGGGCGGAGGAGGGAGCGGCGGCGGCGGCGGCGGCAGCGGCGGCAGCGGCGGUGGCAGCGGCAUUGUGCGCGCGGCGCAGCCCGGCCCGGGAGGAGCAGGACGCGCCGGGGCCGCCUCCUCCCGCACAGACCGAUGAGCCAGCCGGACGGCGCGGCGGCUCCGCAGGUGGACGGAGCCAGUACACCUGGAAGGAAAAGCGCAGUUAACAGGGAACGCUUGAAGCGCAGUCAAAAGAGCAGCAAGGUGGAGGGGCCGGAGCCAGUGCCGGCUGAGGCCUCGCUGAGUGCUGAGCAGGGGACGAUGACGGAGGUGAAGGUGAAAACAGAAGUACCAGACGACUACAUACAAGAGGUCAUCUGGCAGGGCGAGGCCAAGGAGGAGAAGGCAGGCGGCAAGGACGGCACUGGCGAUGUGCCUGCCGAGAUCUGCGUGGUGAUCGGUGGCGUCCGCAACCAGCAGACCCUAGAUGGAAAAGCUCCGGAAGGCAGCCCCCACGGUGGAUCUGUUCGGAGUCGGUAUUCAGGGACCUGGAUUUUUGACCAAGCUUUGAGAUAUGCAUCUGGGUCCUAUGAAUGCGGGAUCUGUGGCAAGAAAUACAAGUACUACAACUGCUUCCAGACGCACGUGCGGGCACACCGAGAUACUGAAGCCACCUCAGGGGAGGGAGCCUCCCAGAGCAACAAUUUCAGGUACACAUGUGACAUCUGUGGGAAGAAAUACAAGUAUUACAGCUGCUUCCAAGAGCACCGAGAUCUCCACGCCGUGGAUGCUGUCGCCUCCCGCCUGGGUACAGUGUUCAGUGUGGAAGGGGCUCCCGAGAAUCGGGCAGACCCCUUUGACCAAGGUGUCGUGGCUACUGAUGAGGUGAAGGAGGAGCCUCCAGAGCCUUUCCAGAAAAUCGGACCAAAAACCGGCAAUUACACCUGCGAGUUCUGCGGGAAGCAAUACAAGUACUACACGCCCUACCAGGAGCACGUGGCCUUACAUGCCCCCAUCAGUACCGCCCCCGGGUGGGAGCCAACGGAAGAUCCAGACACGGGUUCUGAGUGUUCCCAUCCAGAGGUCACCCCAUCUCCACGCUUCGUGGCAGCGAAGACCCAGACAAACCAGUCGGGAAAAAAGGCUCCAGCCUCCGUGGUCCGAUGCACCACCCUCUUACACCGCACCCCUCCAGCUACCCAAACUCAGACGUUCCGAACUCCAAACUCGGGAUCUCCAGCAAGCAAGGCAGCUGCAGCAGAAAACACCUUCAGUCGUCGAGUAGAAAGCAAAGCACAGAACCACUUUGAAGAGACCAAUAGCAGCUCGCAAAAUUCCAGCGAAACUGCAAGUCCCCUGAUUUCCAACCCUUUCCCUCUCCUGCAGAAACCCUACACGUGCGGCGCCUGUGGGAUCCAGUUUCAGUUCUACAGCAACCUGCUGGAGCACAUGCAGUCCCAUGCAGCUGACAAUGAAAACAACAUCACCUCCAACCAGUCCCGAUCUCCACCUGCUGCAGUGGAAGAAAAGUGGAAACCUCAGGCCCAGAGGAACAGCGCCAACAACACCACAACCAGUGGUUUGACACCUAACAGUGUAAUUCCAGAGAAGGAGCGGCAAAACAUCGCAGAGAGGCUACUGCGGGUCAUGUGCGCUGACCUGGGUGCGCUGAGUGUGGUCAGUGGGAAGGAGUUCCUCAAGUUGGCUCAAACCUUGGUAGACAGUGGCGCCCGCUACGGGGCCUUCUCAGUCACUGAGAUCUUGGGCAACUUUAACACCUUGGCACUGAAGCACCUGCCACGCAUGUACAACCAGGUGAAGGUGAAGGUGACGUGUGCCCUGGGCAGCAAUGCCUGCCUGGGCAUUGGUGUCACAUGCCACUCCCAGAGUGUGGGCCCUGACUCUUGCUACAUCCUCACGGCCUACCAGGCUGAGGGUAACCACAUCAAGAGCUAUGUGCUGGGUGUGAAGGGCGCAGACAUUCGUGACAGUGGUGACUUGGUGCAUCACUGGGUGCAGAACGUGCUAUCAGAGUUUGUGAUGUCAGAGAUCCGGACCGUAUACGUGACAGACUGCCGGGUGAGCACGUCCGCCUUCUCUAAGGCUGGUAUGUGCCUUCGCUGCUCAGCCUGUGCCUUGAACUCAGUGGUGCAGAGUGUGCUGAGCAAGCGGACGCUGCAGGCCCGCAGCAUGCAUGAGGUCAUUGAGCUGCUCAAUGUGUGCGAGGACCUAGCAGGCUCUACGGGCCUGGCCAAGGAGACCUUUGGCUCUCUGGAGGAGACGUCACCACCACCUUGCUGGAACUCAGUGACAGACUCGCUGCUGCUGGUUCAUGAGCGCUAUGAGCAGAUCUGCGAGUUCUACAGCCGUGCCAAGAAGAUGAACCUCAUCCAGAGCCUCAACAAGCAUUUGCUGAGCAACCUGGCUGCCAUCCUGACACCCGUGAAGCAGGCGGUCAUAGAGCUAAGCAACGAGAGCCAGCCCACCCUGCAGCUGGUGCUCCCAACCUACGUCAGGCUCGAGAAGCUGUUCACAGCCAAGGCCAAUGACGCGGGCACCGUCAGCAAGCUGUGCCAUCUCUUUCUGGAAGCACUCAAGGAGAACUUCAAGGUGCACCCAGCCCACAAGGUGGCCAUGAUCCUGGAUCCUCAGCAGAAACUUCGGCCAGUGCCACCCUAUCAGCACGAGGAGAUCAUCAGCAAGGUGUGUGAACUCAUCAAUGAGGUAAAGGAGUCCUGGGCUGAGGAGGCCGACUUCGAACCUGCUGCCAAGAAGGCCCGCUCAGCCACCGGAGAACACCCCACAGCUCAGGAGGAUGACAGGCUGGGCAAGAACGAAGUCUAUGAUUACCUUCAGGAGCCCCUCUUUCAGGCCACGCCUGAUCUCUUCCAGUACUGGUCAUGCGUGACCCAAAAGCACACAAAACUGGCCAAGCUAGCAUUCUGGCUCCUGGCGGUUCCUGCUGUUGGGGCUCGAAGCGGGUGUGUAAAUAUGUGUGAACAAGCACUUCUGAUCAAAAGGAGGCGACUGCUUAGUCCCGAAGAUAUGAACAAGCUCAUGUUUUUGAAAUCUAACAUGCUUUAAGACUCAACUUUGAGGGGAAAAGAAAAAGACAAAAAAAAAAAAGAAAAAGAAAAGAAAGAAAGAAAAACAUUAGGAAAACACACACAACACUGUCACAAACAAUUUAAGUUCUAAACACUGUGGAACCUCAUUGUAAAUGCCCCUUGGGAACUUAAGUGCUUUUUUUUUUCUGGUGUGUGUGUGAGUGUGUGUGUGUGUGUGUGUGUGUGUUGUGUAGUGUAUGCACAUGUGUCCAUACCCACACACAUGACAUUGCAUGGGUAAAGGGUGUGGGAAGCUCAUACUCAAAAAUGCACAGCCAGAGAACCUCCACAUGCGUGCACACACACACACAAACACACACAUACACACACACAGCCCUGGUACGUGCAUGCAUGCCUUUCCUCUGGCGUGUGUGCACUGAGCGGGGUGUGUCAGGAAAGCUGAGAGACUGGGAAACAGGAGUGGUUUCGCUUUUCUCUGACAGGGGCUCGAAGGACUCCCAUUUUCAGGUGUGCAGAUUGGGAGAAGCUGGGGCUGUGAAAUAUUCAGGCAGCCGAGGGCUGAAGUGGCUUGAACUCCCAUCCCCCAACCCCGACCCUCCCUCACCAUCCCUUCAUCCCCUCAACCCGUGGUGCCCAUCCUCUGCCCCAGCUGCUUCGACUCUCCAGCUCUCCAAACUGCGUCAGAUGAACAGUUUCUGCACUGGACUUUAUUUCUUGUUUCACCUUCAGGGCAUUAAGCUGCUGUACCUGUGACCUCCCCCUCGGAUGUCCAGGGCAGCUGCCUUAGAAUACACACUAUCUAUCUCCCCAAAUCAGGAAAGGAGUCUCUAGAAAUAUAAAACUGAUGUUCUACUUUUUAAUAUAAGAGAGAAAAAACAAGACUUUCUUUUUCCAGAGACAUAUAGCUGACUCUCCACUCAUUUUUUUGUUGUUGUUGUCGUCGUUGUCAUUUUUCACAAUACUUUAGCAAUUAUUUUUUAUCUAAUGGGGGAUUCGGUUUCUUUUCACAUGUGAUUUAGACUCUUCUGGGAGGCACUGAAUGUCUGACUUACAUUCUGGAGUCUUGUUUGUUUUACUUGCCCCCUUUUAUUCCUAAGUCACACUGUAAACUAGCUCAUCUCAGUGGUGGUGUCCAGGACUCGCCUGACCAACAUCAAGGCCAUGGCUGUGGGUCUGGAGUAGGGAGUUGGGAGGAGUUCUGGGUCCUUGGCUGUGGGGCUUGGUGGAAGCUAUAGUGGGAAGCAUGUGGCUUUAGAGGUCCUGAAUGUCAUCGAGAGAGAGCCACUGCCCUGUUCCUGCCCGUGGUCGUGUGAAUGUCCGCCUCUUGAAUGUCUGCCUCCUGCACUCAGACUGCUUCCUCCUAGUCACCACAGCCUGACCUUCAGUUCCGCAGGCACACUGACUAAGUCCAUGUUUGUGUCUGCCAGACCCACAGUCUCUCCCCUUCCCCAAAUCCCAGGGGUUCUGGGAGUUUACAGCCCUCAGAGGUCCCCACAGGCACAUCAGGCCUGUAGUCAGGAUAGUGGUGGAGCACAGUAUGUUGCUGGCUGAACAGCUGGCAUUGUGAAGGUGGAUGUGCUUGACUAAAUGCUGUGAAAGGGGUUGUUAGCCCUUGCUUCUAAUCCCCUUGGCCAGGAACUAAUGCUUCUACACACAGUCCAGAUGCCAAGAGGGGGCCGCCAUUCUCUUCACAGGAUGAUGAGCGUAACCACCCCAUAAAGGUCUUUAGCUUGGUGUCUCUGAUCCCUUCAGUGACCACAGUUGUGGUAAGGGGAUGCUUACACUUCAGGCUGAGAAUGGCCACCCCUGAGGGGUUAUUUGCAAAAGCACCUCUCCUACCUGGGGCUUGGACUGCCCCCCGCUCCGUCAUAAAGCAUUACUCAACUGAAAGAUACCUCGACUUCAAAAGCACUGUACCCCGUAGCCCUCACCCAUCAGCAGGAGGGGAGUGAAGAUGGUUUAAAGACUCAGAGGCUUCCACUUAAGCUCAAGGUUCUAGAAUUCUGUCCUUGAGGCCUAAGCCCACACUCGUUGCCUCACAAGACUAACCAAGCUCCCCUGUAGAGUCUCAGACACGCAAACAGAUCAGAGAAGGCUGCGUCCACAUCCACUCCAGCAAGCUAUGGUCUCAGGAACCACCGUACAAUCCCUACUUACUGCAAGGGAUGUUCCAGAAUCUCCAUCACAGUGUCAACUUGGCACUUACCAUCAGAGGAACCUCUGUCCCCAGUGGAGAGAUCCAGACAGGAACUGAAUGUCGCUCCCUGAAGAAUGUAGGAAAUGUCUUCACACUGCCCCUGGACUUCCAGGAGGUGGGCUCUGGAUUGAUGAUGAAGGGUACCUCCAGUCUCCCUCAUCCGUUGGCAAUGGGGCCAUAACCCAGCACUUGUAGCCACACUGGAAGCUGGGUGCUUAGUGCAGUCAAUGACAACAGAUCCUCAGGCAGAUCUGGGCCCGAGCUGCUAUUGCAGCCAAGCCCAGAUGUGCAUUGCAGGUAUUCUUUUGGAGUAUGGAAUAUUCUCCCUCCAGAAAGAAAAUUAUGGUUAAACUCCAGGUAUCUGGUCAUAAGUAGUCACCUCCUGUCCAGUUCAUUUGCACCUUGAAUUAUCUAUCCUCGGGGCUUAGAUUGCCUCUCUAGGUUCAGCGUGAGCUCCCCCCCCCCCCAACCAUGGUCCUCAGAAACCCAUCUCUGGGAUGCCUCGUCCUCAAAGAUUAUAAGGGGGUAGGCUGUCAUUUCUCUCUAGCGUCCCCAGCCGGAAAAACUGCCCAGUGUCUGCUGUCAUAUGGGCCAUCUCCACAGUGCGCAUCCUGCAACCAACAGUUCAGUGAAUCCCAAAGAUCUUCCAGGUCCAGCCAUAGGCCCCGUCAACAGCAAUAUCCAACUUACCAAAUUCUAGUUCAGCCAAAGCACUAAGAUAGGCUCUUCCAGUUGAUCUCCAGUGGCCUGGGCUGGCUUCAGCCUUCAGAAGGAUUUUUGCCAUCUGCCUCCUGGUUCUGUGAUCACUACAGGUCUUUCCAUCAUAGGCUAUUGGGGGCUGGGACACCAGGAAGCUGGGCCAUUUCUAGCAUACAGCUUACCUUGAGCUGUAUGAUUCUCUGGACAAAAAAAUGGUCCCAAACACGGAAGGAGAGAAGAAGUCAACCUUCCAUUACCAAGGUUCUCCGCUAGUCUGCAGUCAUUUUGUUUUACCAGUGAAGCCCAAGCCAGGGCCUGCAGCUUGUUUGCCUGGAAUUCAGUCACUCAAGAGGUCUCAAAUCUAUGAGGGAUGGUUGUACAAGGAAGCCCUUGUUCUCAGUGUGGUUCCAUUCCCAACACCUGAGUCCUCCUGCCAAGCUUCCCUUGCAUGGCUUUCAGCACCCAGGAUGCAAUGUGUUUCGUGUGAACACAGCUGCCUGCUAGCCUAGUCCCUAGGCCUAGCUUGCCCAGGAAGCCAUGUGCUACAGCAUGGACGAUGUCAUCACCAUCCUGCCCUGCCUGAUGGUUCUGCCUCUGGCAUUGCGGAGUUGGCCCUUGGCUGAGGGAAAGGUACCUGUUUCCUGGUGAGAAGGGCAGCUGGUGAUACUGAUGAGAACUCAUCUCCAGGUUUCUAGGAAGGACCUGGACACCAGCCUUGUGGGCUGGCCAAGAGUCUUCAUUUCAGUUCGACAACUUUGAUCUCCUGCACUUUGAAGAAACGGAAGAAUUCUACAAGGUAUGUUUUCCACUGUGAAGCUGAAUCUCUGCUUUUGGAGCCCAUGUGUUUUGAGCAAGGUCCACCAUUUUUCUGGCCUUGGGCUAGACUUCCUGAGGAGAGUAUGGGUGCCGUACAUGCUCACUUGGAGGACACAGGGUCACCAGGAAAUAUCAAAGCUCGUAUGUAGGUGGGAUGCCACCCCAGACCUUGUCAUGCUCAAAGAGGAGAGCACAGGACGCUCAUUACCCCAUAAGCUAUGCCAAGCUCCUGGCUUCCUGGUCUUGGCGGCAGUGUGACACUGUCGUGUCUGUCAUAUAUCUAGAAGAAGGUUUCCGGAGGGCAGAACCAAGAGAUUGAGGCUCAGGCUAUACCCUGGAGACAGUGCACAGGGGCUCCUGUCCCCAGGGCAAUGGGAGAGCUGGCAAGGAGGCUGCCCCUCCCCUUCACUGUGGCAAAUGUUUGCUAGGCCAGUUAUGGCGAACCAAUGAUGCAGUGUUUCCUCAUGUUUCCUCCCAUCUCCCCUUUUCAGGCUCUCCAUGGGGGAUUCUGUGGCUGUGGUUGUUGUCCUUCCUCUCUUAUUUGGGUCUGAGGUUGGUAGUCUGGAGAGCCCUGGCUUUGACCAAGGGCACCUGUGGUCUCUGAGCACGUAUAGACCUCACAUGGAAGAGGGUGGUGCUUUAAGGUUCCACUCCCAACUGGGAAGGGACUAGCCUUGGAGUUAGCCUUGGCAUCACCAUCCGGCAAGGUCCUACCCAUCCUUGGGCACCUUGACUCUUUGAACCAAAGUUCCUUAAAGGGGCAGAGCCCAGCCUUGUCUUUAGGGGCCGGAAUUUGUAGGCCGGCUGGAUGGAGGGCUCCCACAAUCCAGGUGCCAGAAGGCUCACCUAGGACUGUUCUCCCACCCAGGGUGGGUGGCUUCCCAAACAAGGCUCGGGCUUGUGGCCUGGCCAACCAUGAAAGAGCAAGAGCCAUGUGGCAGGGCCUUCCAGAUCCCAGGCAUCAGGAAACCAUUUUGUAUAACAACCCGAAACAGAGAUAUUUUUUAAGACGCAUGAAUUAUUUUCAGUUGUCUAUCUUUUUUUCUUUUCCCCACAACUUCAUGUUGGUGAUCCGUUCACAUCAGGUAAAUCUUGAGAACGCCUUGGUGCCCCAUUCCUCCUGCCCCCCUACUCAGUGACCACGUGUGUGCGCCUCCAUCCUGUCUCAGUAGUAAAGACGUUCUAGGCAAUACCAUAGACACAUCUGUGUCUCGCUUCGAGUGCAAGAAACUCAAGUCAUCUUAAAAAAAAAAUUUAAAAACAAAAAAAAAUUUACAAAAAAGCAAACACACACACAAAAAAUAUCUUUUUUAGGCCAGAGUUUUCUACAGGUAUUAAUGAAUAUUUUUCUUAAUCCUUAUAAGUUUUAUGUGUUUAAUAUUUCUUAAUACCAGUAGUAUUAAUUUAUACUUUUGUAGCAACAUAAUAUUUUUAUAAAUAGCCAGUGCUUGGCUCAAGUCUUCACGGGGGUUUAUGCAGGGCUAUCUUAGGGGCCCUGUGUACCAUGUACUGUAUUUUAAAAAAAAAAAAGUUACCCAGUGUCACACUUGCUGUGUUAAUAACAAAGACGUCAUUUGGCGGUCUCCUGUAUUGAUGGCGUGGAUCCAACAGUCCUUCCGGGAGCCACAUUGCAUGGGGGUUGAGUUGCCAGUUAUUGUGAUACAUAAACUCCCAAGGACAAACUUGAGGGUUUAUUUAGGGUUUUCUGUGUGUCCUUUGGGGUGUUUUAUUUUACUUUGAUUUGGAUACUGUUUCUCCAUUUUACAGCCAAAUUGGUUUCAUGGUGUUUAAACAUUUUACUGAUGUCCAAUGGAAGAAAGGAACAGAAAAUUUUUAAAAAGAUUUUUACAAAGUAAUAAAAUGUAAAACUGAGCUGUUUCAAUGUUACUGUUUUUUAUGUGUCUGUUCUUGUCCACAAGUGGAAUAUUCUCCAUGGAUAUGGAGAAGAGGAAGGUUCCACUGGGUUCCCUAAGUCACCAAAAGCCCUGGCCCAAGAUUCAGUUCCUCCCCCGACCCCCAAACCAUUUCCCAGCUGGUUGAUGCCAAGGUAAAAGACAUCCUUCAAUGACUAGAGGAUCAGUCGCCUGAGUGCGCUCCUGAGUUCAUGUCAGUGUUGUAUUUAUGGUUUUACAAUAAAACAACCUUUAGGAA